AUGGCGGGGCAGUACAGGAAACGAGCAAACGAGCAAGGCAUCACUGGCUGGGUAAAGAACAUCCCAAACAACAAGGUCGAGGGUGAAGCCCAAGGGGACGAGAAAGCACUGGAUGCGUUUCUCAAGGACGUCGACAAGGGUCCCAAGGGCGCUCACGUCGUGAAGCUUGACAAGGAGGAUCGCGAUGUGGUCCAGGGAGAGGCCGGCUUUGAUGUUCACCGUUGA